UGUAAACAUCAUGGAGUCGUGGAAUAAAUUCUGCCCAGAACUUCAGAAGUAUAUUUCCAAAUAUGCACUGCCUGUAGGCGUGUCGGCUGUGUCAGUUGGAUUAAUCUUCUUCCUAAGAAAGUUUGGCAUCAUUUACAAUUAUCUUCACAAGCCUGUUGCAGAUUCCACAAGGCAUGGAGGAGAACUUGUUGCUCAGGUUCUGAAGGACCAUAAUGUGAAGUACGUAUUUACCCUAGUUGGUGGACAUAUAUCACCUAUAUUAGUAGCUUGUGAGAAGAUUGGUAUUAGAGUAAUAGAUACUAGACAUGAGGUAACAGCAGCAUUUGCAGCUGAUGCUGUAGCUAGAAUGUCUGGUAGCGUUGGUGUUUGUGCUGUCACAGCUGGUCCAGGAUUAACUAACACUGUAACAGCUAUAAAGAAUGCUCAGAUGGCUGAAUCUCCAUUACUGUUACUUGGUGGGGCUGCUGCUACUUUAUUAAAGGGUCGAGGAGCUCUACAGGAUAUCGAUCAAAUGUCAUUAUUUAAGCCAUUAUGUAAAUUCUGUAAAUCAGUGACAACUGUUAGAGAUAUAAUACCUACAUUACGUCAAGCUUUACAGAUAGCUCAGUCUAAUACACCAGGUCCAGUAUUUGUUGAAUUACCUAUAGAUGUUUUAUAUAGCUAUCAACUAGUAAAGGAUCAAAUGGGAAUCAAGGAUUCUGGGAAAGGUUUGGUUGAUAAAGUUAUACAAUGGUAUUUAAGAAAUCAUUUAUCAAAUCUAUAUGCUGGGGCAUUUGAACAACGACCAACUGGUCCAUUACCAGUAGAUAUACCCAUGGCUAGCCACUCACAAGUAAGACAAUGUAAAGAGCUGUUAGCAAGAGCCAAGAGACCAGUGAUAUUAGUUGGAAGUCAGGCAACUUUACCCCCAACAGAUAUCAACCAUUUGAGACAAGCAUUCGAGGCUAUGGGUAUACCAUGUUUUCUAGGAGGUAUGUCUCGUGGUUUAUUAGGUAGAAAGAGUAAUAUACAGUGUCGCCAGAAACGUAGAGAUGCCUUACGAGAAGCUGAUCUGGUUAUUUUAGCAGGUUCUGUUUGUGAUUUCCGCUUGAACUAUGGUAGAGUACUGAGUCGAAAAUCAAAAAUAAUUGCUGUAAAUAGAGAUAAAAAUCAACUUUAUAAGAAUUCAGACAUGUUUUGGAAACCAACAGUUGGUGUACAGGGUGAUGUAGCUAGUUUUAUAGUUGAGUUACAGAGAGAACUAGGAUCAGAAUAUAAAUGUGAUUCAGAAUGGAUUAAAAAAUUAACAUCAAGAGAUGAAGAGAAGGAGAUCGCUAAUAGGAGUAAAGCUGAAGAAAGAACUGAUCAACAUUUAAACCCAUUGAAAGUGCUACAGAUAGUAGAAGAUGUAAUGAAUGAUAAUACUAUUAUGGUGGCUGAUGGAGGGGAUUUUGUAGCAACUGCUGCUUAUAUACUGAGACCUAGAGGACCACUUACUUGGUUAGAUCCUGGAGCAUUUGGUACAUUAGGUGUUGGUGGGGGAUUUGCUAUAGGAGCUAAGCUAUGUCGUCCUGAAAGUGAUGUAUGGAUUAUUUAUGGUGAUGGUACAGUAGGAUAUAGCAUUGCUGAAUAUGAUACAUAUACAAGACAUAAGCUACCAAUAAUAUCAGUGGUAGGUAAUGAUGCUGGUUGGACACAAAUAGAACGAGAUCAAGUACCAUUAUUACAUAGUUCUGUUGCUUGUAAACUAGCAUUUACUGAGUAUGAUAAGGUAGCAGAAGGCUAUGGUGGUAAAGGGUAUAAACUAGACAGGUCUAAUGAAGAUAAAAUAAAGGAAAUACUUCAAGAUGCCUUAAAACAAAGUCAAAAUGGUAGUGCUGUACUUGUUAAUACCUAUAUAGGAAAAACUAAUUUUAGAGAGGGCAGUAUUUCUAUAUAAUGAUUUAUUAAUAUAAGCUAGUACAUGUAUUUUUGUUAAAUGUGUAAUUAAAAUUAAUUCUGUAGUAGGUUUUGCCAGAAACUUCAAUUAAGCAUCCUUGCCAAAUAUAACCAUAUCACAGUAACUGUAGUGGGUCCAUUUUUUAUUUUUUGCCUAAGUCCAAAUUUAUAAAAAUCAAUAUUGUUGGCCAGUGGUGCAUGACAGUCUUACCACAAAAUAGUCAGUGGUCAGGGAAUGUCUAGCUUGUUAACUAGUGUUCGAGAGAUCCUGAUUGUAAAGAAUAUUCUCUUGAAGAUAGUUACUUAUCACUUAAAACUGAAUAAUUUCUUGCGAAGUUAAUUCAAGUGAUUUUUUAUUUAAGAUACUUUAUUUCAUUGUUCAAAAUUGGGCAGGAAUAUUUUUUGUACAUUUGUAAGAUUCUACAGACUCCUAUAACUUGUUUGAUAAUGCUUCAUCUUUGUGAGUUUGAUGUAUUGUUUGUUAAUUAUAAAUAAUCAUGACAUUAAUUAAUUAAUAUGAAAUUAAAAUAUUCUAUCACU